AAAGGUCGUCUCACAUGCAAUGAACCCGUGCCUGCCGGCCCCGGUCGGAUUUUCUUCCCAAAAUAGACUAAAACCGGUGUCGUUUUAGAUCAGUCUUUGUCUUUUUUUUCCUAAUUUUUUUUCUUGAUAUAUAUGUAAAUAUAUAAGUCUCUCCAUUUUCACUGGAGAGUCCUAACGCCAGCCCACAGCAUUCGUCGAUCACUUCGCUCUCUUUCUCUUUGACUUUAAUUUCUAUGAUGUCGGGGAAUGCUUUAAGAGAUCUCAAUACUUUACCUAUGUCUGAGAGGAAGAAUGACAGCUCUAGUAAAGGGAAUUUUACUAAGCCUUGCAAUGGAAACACAAUUGAAAAUGCUGAAGAGCAGCAGAAGAAAAGCCCUGCCUCCAUUCAUAUAAAUGGAGGUGAAACUGUAAAUGUUGGAGUAGAGGUAGCUAACUCAGAAGUAGAAUACAUUGAAUCUGAGAACUUGAGUGAUCUAGAAGAUGUUGAUUCAUGUCUUGAGAAGCUCUUCCCUGGACUUGACUCUAAAGAUUGGGUUCUGGUUGUUGAAACACUCAAUAAUGUUCGCCGAUUAUCAAUAUUCCAUAGGGAAGCAAUGCAUAGAAUGCUGGGUGAUUUAAUCCCUCUUGUAGUUAAGUCUUUGAAGAAUCCAAGAAGUGCUGUUUGUAAAACUGCAAUUAUGACAUCAGCAGACAUUUUCAGUGCAUAUAACGAUGAUUUGAUUGAAUUUUUGGAUCCCCUGCUUGUACAGCUUCUUCUUAAGUCUUCACAAGACAAAAGAUUUGUAUGUGAGGCAGCUGAGAGAGCUUUAGAGGCCAUGACUGCUUCAGUUUCCCCUAUGUCAUUGUUGCCCAAGUUGCAACCCUAUCUUAAGAACAGAAAUCCACGAAUUCGAGCAAAGGCAUCAAUGUGCUUUAGUCGUAGUGUUCCACGACUGGGUGUUGAAGGAAUUAAAGAAUAUGGAAUGGACAAAUUGAUACAAGUAGCUGCAUCCCAUCUUAGUGACCAGCUCCCAGAGUCCCGAGAGGCUGCUCGAACCCUUCUUUUAGAGCUGCAAACUGUAUAUGAGAAAUCCCAUGACCUCUCAACAACAAUAUCUUCAGAGCAUCCAGAGAUGAGCUCUUGGGAGAACUUUUGUCAGUCAAAACUCUCUCCUAUAAGUGCCCAAGCAGUGCUUCGUGUCACAAACAUUGAUCGGGAAGGUCUCGUUAUUGGUUCAUAACAGUAAGUUUUAUAUAGAAUCAUAUAUGAGUUUGUAGCAAGUAAUGUCUUUUUUAUUUUACUCACAUAUAUGAGCUUUAGUGAGCAGAGUCUACAGCCACCUCUCAUUGCUUUGGUUUUGGUUUUGGUUUUGGUUUGAUAUUUUCUCCUUGUAAAUCCUCAUGAAUCGUUGAGAUGUCUUCGAUCUUGAUUAAGAAAUUAGUCGGAUUGGAAUUGUACGGAUGAUAUUCUUUGCAUAUGGUUCCCUGUCGCAUCUUCCUCGUUUAUGUCAUGGGUUGCAAAAAUAGUAUAAAGUUGAGCCUUUUUGCUUUAAUCUCAUAGCACAACGUUCUACCAGAAAUGUUACAUGAUAAUAUAUUUUACGAUGACAUUGCACUCGCAGAUCUAAAAGACUCAAUAAUGUC